UGCUCGGGUGCUAUUGCAUUAACGCAGGUCAGACGCCAUCAGGUCAAGGAAGAGUGUGUUGGAAGAACGGAUGGAAACACGAGUAUAGGGCACUGCGUGUGCAGUAAUGAAUACACGCCGUUGGUAUAGUGACGAUUGAGAUGUCUUCUGAUGCGUGUGGGCACAUUCUUCAAGGGGGCGUUUUACUAUUGGUAACUACUAGGCUUCGGUUUCUCAGCUACUGGAAUCAUGAGUCGCUCGCUCACGAUCUAAAAUCAGCUAGCUGGUAUUUUUGGUGACUCCUUUGCUCUCCCACUCCCGCAGCACUCACAGCCUUCCCCUCUUCUACAGCCGAUGUCGGCGGUCGCCAACUGUUACACACGGCCUAACACUCUUCGCUCGCAACUCGCAUUCGACCGACGUCUGUAGUAUAUCGAAUAUGGCUCGGGGAUGACUGUAAUUAUGUCUUGACUUCUGCUAAUUGAAGCCGUGGUUGGCAGCUAACGAAUAUAUUUAUUUCUCAACAGACUAGUCAUUAAGUUUCUCGUUUACGAAUCUUUUUAUUUAAUCUUGUUUCUAACAUCGAAGGGUUUGAUUAUUUUCAAUUCGUGUGUUGUGUGAUCUCGCGUGUGAAGUAACCGACAAUGCAACGACAACAGUUUACUGGCCAGCAGCAGAUAUCCCAACAGCAAGUUACGCAGCAGCAACGGGUGGAGCAGCAUGUAACCCGGCAGGUCACCAGCCAACAGAGAGUGCAAGAAGUGGUUGUUCAGCAGUCUCCUUCACAAAUCACGCUUGGUGGAAGACCAGGUGAUGUCUCACCCCCAAUCUUCGAACAAAUUUUCCGAAAUGCUCGCUUUGCCCAGGGCGGCAAUGCUCUCUUUGAGGGCAGAGUCCGGGGGAAGCCUAAACCAGUUGUUUCAUGGACCAGAAAAGGAGCUCCCUUGAUAGAAUCUAACAAAUACAAGAUGAAGUAUGAGGAGGGGACUGGAAAUGUGUCUUUACUCAUCAAUCACAUAGGGCCAGGAGAUGAAGGAGAGUACACGUGCACUGCCAGAAACCAGUAUGGUGAAGCCAUCUGUUCUGUAUAUAUUCAGCCCGAAGGGGCAGGACAGUUGGUGCAACAAGGAGGCUACCAGAAGGAAUAUGAGCAAAUCUACGAAACUUCAGAACAGAGAAUUUCAGGAACACAAACACAGUCUAGUUUCCAGUCUUUCCAGCAAACUACAGGGAAGACUUCCUAUACCAAUGGACAUAUUGUGGAGGAAGACUUCAAGGUGGACACAUUCGAAUACCGCUUGCUGCGAGAGGUCGAAUUCCGUGAAUCACUAACACGCCGAUACGCUGGUGAGACUGAUGCACAGAUUGUGACAACUGUUGAUCGCUCACUAGGACCUGUUGUACCUCCUCAGAUUGCACAAAAACCUAGAAAUUCCAAACUAGCAGAAGGUUCUGAUGCCGUAUUUCAGGCAAAGGUUUCAGCAAAUCCUAGACCAAGGUUAACAUGGUUUAAAAAUGGUCAGCGGAUCGUGCAGUCACAGAAGUACCGGACAAGCUUCUCAAAUCAACAGGCCACUCUCAAUAUUGUGAAUGCUCACGCAGAAGAUUCUGGCCACUACACAUUACUAGCAGAGAACCCACAAGGUUGUGUUGUUUCAUCAGCAUAUUUGGCCAUUGAACCAUCUGCAGUCCAAGAUGGCUUCUAUGAUAGCCAAAGGGUAUCUACUCUGAAAUCAUCUCAAGUUGAAAGCACGACUGUAGUAGAUUCUUCAGAUGGCAAAACUCUGGCACCAAACUUCGUGCGUGUGUGUGCUGACCGUGAGGCUUCAGAAGGCAAGAUGACUCGUUUUGAUUGUCGUGUGACUGGACGUCCAUAUCCUGAAGUUCAUUGGUUUAUCAAUGGUCGUCAGGUAUCAGAUGAUGCCACCCACAAGAUUCUUGUCAAUGAAUCUGGCAACCACGCUCUGAUGAUUACAAAUGUGAGCCGCACUGAUGCUGGAAUCGUUUCCUGCAUCGCACGUAACAAGUCAGGAGAGACUUCUUUCCAGUGUAAUUUGAAUGUGAUUGAGAAGGAACAAGUGGUGGCACCGAAGUUUGUGGAACGUUUUACUACAGUUCAUGUGAAGGAAGGAGAGCCAGUGGUUCUUAAUGCAAGAGCUGUUGGCACUCCUAUUCCACGAAUCACUUGGCAGAAGGAUGGUGUACCAGUUGUGUCUGGACCUGAUGUACACAUAACUAUUGACAGUGGAGCCUCAACGUUAGAUAUCCCGCGAGCCAAGGCGUCGGAUGCGGCCUGGUAUCAGUGCACCGCUCAAAACGUUGCAGGUUCCACUGCCACACGGGCACGGCUCUUUGUUGAGACACCCAAAGGGUCAGCCCCUGAGCCACGGCGCCUCAACCUUCCAAGACCUACAAAGGUCAUCGAACCAGAAUUGGCUCCUGGGCCCGAAGUAAUUUACUUGCGUCAUGUGGAGCGAGCUAAGCCACAUGUGCCUCAAGCCGAGGAGGACCGUAUUUAUCCUCCUCCACAGUUCAUUAUCCCACUACAUGAUAUAUCACAAAUUGAAGGUGGGAGAGUUCACUUUGAGGCCCGGAUUGAACCUGUUGGAGAUCCAACUAUGCGGGUUGACUGGUUUGUCAAUGGCAGACCUCUGGAAGCAAGUUCCCGUGCUACAACCACAUUCCGUUUUGGUUUCAUAGCAUUGGAUCUUAUCAGCAUUAUUCUUGAAGACAGUGGAGAAUAUGUCUGCCGUGUGACAAGUCAAUCUGGCUGUGUUGAAUCUCAAGGCUUACUGAGUGUAACAGGUCGAGCAUCAAUCGAGCAGUCCAGCCAGUAUCCAGACAGUUUGCAAUACAUUCAGCAACUCGAAGAUUAUUCACGUUACCAGCGUACUGAAAGUGUGGAUGAAACUUCUUCCCAACGACCAUUAUUCAUCCGACCACUCCAGGAUUUGGGGGAGUUGCAGGAAGGGCGCAAUGCCCACUUCGAAGCACAGCUUACCCCGGUCAGUGAUCCGACCAUGAAAGUGGAGUGGUACAAGGAUGGUAGACCAAUUACAGCAAGCUCUCGUAUCACCACUAUCUUCAAUUUCGGAUACGUCUCCUUGAACAUCCUGCACCUACGGGUUGAAGAUGCUGGAACAUACACCGUGAGAGCUGUUAAUCAUCUGGGAGAAGCAAUUAGCACAUCCACUCUACGAGUUUAUGCACGAAGUAGUGUGACUGGAGACCUGGGAAUUCCUGAGCAGCAGCGUUACAUUGAAAAGGUUGAGGAGCUGGAAGCUUACCAGCAGCAACAACAGUACAAAUAUGUGCAAGAAGUGCCUGAGAGCACUGCUCCACCUGAGUUCAAGUCACCCAUCAAGGAUCAGACCAACAUCCGUGAGGGUGCAUUUGCCCAUUUUGAAGCUAGGCUUGAACCUAUUAGUGACUCGACACUCCAAGUGGAGUGGCUCAAAGAUGGCCGUCCGGUUGAAGCAAGUUCUCGAAUUACUACUUUCUUCAACUUUGGAUAUGUGGCCUUAACAAUCAAACAUGUGACUACUCAUGACAUUGGUGUCUAUACGUGCCGUGCGUACAACCGACUGGGACAAGCAUCCACUUCAGCUCAACUAACUGUUGUUAGCAAGAAGGAUAUCAUUUUAGACAGCCAGCAUCCUGGUGGACUCGAAAAGAUUCAGUACCUUGAAGAUGCUAGCCGUUACAGUCGCAGUGUGCAGGAGGAGAGUGCUGUAACUCAGAAACCGAGGUUCUUGGGACCCCUUAAGGGAACAAACAAAAUUGUAGAAGGACAAAGGGCUCAUUUUGAAGUCAGAGUAGAACCACAAAAUGAUAUGACCUUACAGAUUGAGUGGUACUUCAAUGGCAGAGUUAUUCAGAGUGCUAACAGGAUCCAAACAUAUCAUGAUUUUGGCUACGUUGCCAUUGACAUUUUGAGUGUACGCUCAGAGGAUGCUGGAACUUACACAGUUAUUGCUAGAAAUGCACUUGGAGAGGCACAGCUGUCAGCAACAAUGGAAGUAGAAGUGCGCUCCAGUAUUGAUACCACCAGCAUGCACCGCUCAACAAUGGAGAAGACUCAGCGCCUGGAAGGCUCAAAGUUUGUUGAGCCACAUUAUCACAUUGAGGAAAUUUCAAAGUCAAAGCCAAUCUUUGUGCAGCCACUUUCUGACCCAAAACCAGUUAUUGAAGGAAAGAAUAUUCAUCUGGAAUGUCGGCUGGAACCAAUGGGAGAUCCUACCAUGCGUGUUGAAUGGUUCUACAAUGGCCGACCAGUCACUGUUGGAUCACGUUUCCGUACUUAUUAUGAUUUUGGAUUUGUUGCUUUGGAUAUUAUCCAUGCUACUUCACUGGAUUCUGGUGAAUACACCGUAAGAGCUACAAAUCAUCUGGGAUCUGCUCACACAUCUGCUUGUGUGAGGGUAAUUGGUAAAUCAGACAUUCUGACAGACAGCCAAAAUGAAGCUGCAUUAGAACAGAUCCAGAUGCUUGAAGAUUCUUCUCGCUACCGGAAACAUGUGACUGACGACAUAACUAUUGUGCAACCACCUCAGUUUACAAGACCACUGCACAACAUGGAAACUGUUGAGGGAACUAAUGUUCAUCUGGAAUGUCGUUUGCAACCUGUUGGUGACCCCACCAUGAGAGUGGAUUGGUUUGUUAAUGGAAGACCAGUUCCAACAGGUCACCGAUUUCGACCUGCAUAUGACUUCGACUAUGUUGCUCUUGAUUUGCUGAGUGUCUACCCUGUAGAUUCAGGAGUUUACACCUGCCAGGCACGAAACGGGUUAGGUGAAGCUGUGACCUCUUGCUCUGUCAGGGUCAUUGCCAAGAAGGAUCUUAUACUUGAUUCCCAGCACCCAUCAGGAUUUGAGAAGAUCCAAUACCUUGAAGAUGCUUCUAGGUACAAGAAGUCUGAGUACAUAGAUGAAGUGGUGAACAUCAAACCUCGCUUCCUUACCAAACCUAAAAGCUUGGAAAACAUGAGAGAAGGGCAACAUGCUCACUUUGAGUGCAAGUUAGAACCUGUUACUGACUCCAAUUUGAAAGUUGAAUGGUAUAAGAAUGGCCGACCAAUUACAGUUGGCCAUCGCUUCCGUCCAAUUCAUGACUUUGGUUAUGUGGCUCUGGAUAUAAUUGACCUGAUUGCUGAAGAUUCAGGGACGUAUACGUGUCGUGCUGUCAAUCUGGUUGGAGCAGAUGAAACUACUUGUACCCUGAUCUGCCGAAGUAGUGCUCAGAUUUUGACAGGCACCCAGAAUGAGACAGGUCUUGAACAGAUCCAGUACUUAGAGGAUCGCUCCCGCUAUCAGCGUUCCGAAUUUAUUGAAGAGACAACUAAGCAAGCACCAAUAUUUACCACUUCACUGAAGCAUAUCGACAUCAAAGAAGGGCAAAGAGCACACUUUGAGUGUCGUCUCAUCCCAGUAUCAGACCCUACAAUGAAAGUUGAAUGGUUCCAUAACAAUGUGCCUGUCAAAUCAGGUUCCCGCUUUACAGAGACAAACAACUUCGGUUUCGUUGCCCUGGACAUUCUAUACUGCUACCCAGAAGACUCUGGAACAUACACUUGCCGAGCAAAGAAUAUUGUUGGAGAGGCAGUUACUUCAGCAAAUCUUGUAGUUCACUCCAAGAAAUCAAUCUACCUGGAGUCACAGCAUGAGAAUGCACUGAAUCGUAUUAGUUACUUGGAAGAUUCAUCGCGCUACCAGCGGCAGACUGUGCAAGAGGAGACUGUGACUCAAGCUCCAGUGUUCACUCAACCAAUGAGAGACAUAAGAGUUGCUGAAAACCAAGCAGUUCACUUUGAAGCUCGCCUUAUCCCUGUUGGAGAUCCUAAACUGAAAGUUGAGUGGUUGCGCAAUGGUGUGCCUAUCGAAGCAUCUAACCGAGUAACUACUAUGCAUGACUUUGGUUAUGUUGCGCUCAACAUGAAAUACGUGUAUCCCGAAGAUUCAGGCACUUACACGUGCCGUGCUACCAAUGAGCUAGGAGAGGCUGUCACUUCAUCUACUCUUAUUGUUCACUCCAAGGCCUCACUGUUGUUGGAAUCCCAGCAUGAGGGUGCUCUAGAGAAGUUGCACUUACUAGAAGAUUCUAGCCGCUACAGUCGCCGUGAGGAAGAGGAGAUUGUUGUCACCCAAGCACCUCACUUCACAGCCCAGCUUAAUGGUCCUACCAACCUUCUAGAAGGACAGAGUGCCCAUUAUGAAUGCCGCAUUGAGCCAUACCCUGAUCCAAAUCUAAAGGUGGAGUGGUUUCACAAUGGAAAACCGUUACAAACAGGUCAUCGUUUUCGAACCACAUAUGACUUUGGUUUUGCUGCACUCGAUAUCCUGUCAGUGUAUCCAGAGGACUCAGGAGAGUACACUUGCAAGGCGACUAACAAGCUGGGAACAGCCACAUCGUCCAUCAAACUUAAUGUCAAAUCUCGAUCAUCCAUCAUUCUUGAUACCCAACAUGAGGGCGCCUUACAGAAGAUUCAGUACCUGGAGGAUGAUUCUCGUUAUAAGCGAACCAGAACUGAGGAAGCAGUUAUUGCUGAGAAGCCACAGUUUGGUCGUCCUCUGCGUAAUGUUGAGCAUUUACCUGAAGGUCUUAAUGUUCAUCUAGAAGCAACUUUGACUCCUGUUAAUGACCCUACAAUGAAGGUGGAGUGGUACUGUAAUGGGCGGCCUAUCCCUCAGGGUCAUCGUUUCAAGACAACGUAUGAUUUUGGUUUUGUGGCUCUGGACAUCCUAUAUGCAUAUGCAGAAGACUCUGGAACAUACAUGUGUAAAGCCAAAAAUGCUGUUGGUGAAGCUGUUACUACUUGCUCUGUACAAGUUGAAGCCAAGGCUGGCUUGUACCUGGAUACACUUGAUGCACAAAGAUUGAAGAAGAUUCGUGACCUUGAAGCAUAUGAACGCCCAUCCAAGGCUGAAGUUGAACCUCAGGCACAGAAACCAGUCUUCAUUACUCCACUGAACAGCUUGGAGAAUCUAAAGGAAGGUGAUCAUGCCCAUUUAGAAUGCCGUGUGGAACCAAUCAACGAUCCAAACCUAAAGAUCGAAUGGUUUGUGAAUGGUGUAGCUAUCAAGACAGGUCAUCGCUUCAGGACUACACAUGAUUUUGGUUAUGUAGCGCUUGAUAUUUUGUACACAUAUGCUGAUGACUCUGGAACUUAUAUGGCCAAGGCUACUAAUCUUCUAGGUGAAGCAGUGAACACUUGCCAGAUCACUGUAGGAGCUCGCCGCAGCAUUUACCUGGAUUCUCAGCACCCUGAAGGUCUUGCUAAGAUUCGUGAGCUGGAGGCACAGGGACGACCUGCUAGGCUGGAAGUUGAUGAACCAGUUGCCACUCCACCACACUUCAUUACUGAACUGAGGGGCACAACCGACCUAUUUGAAGGACAGACAGCUCACUUUGAGGCCCAAGUGGAGCCCCUCCAUGACCCUAAUCUUCGCAUUGAAUUCUACCAUAAUGGCAAGCCACUCCCCUCUGCUUCACGUUUCCAUAUCACAUUUGAUUUUGGAUAUGUGGCUUUGGAUAUCACCCAUGUGGUUCCUGAAGACGCUGGAGAAUACACAGUCAAAGCUAUCAACAACCUUGGACAGUGCACAUCAUCUAUCAGUCUCAGAGUGCAAGCAAAGGGUAAUAUUAUACUGGAGUCACAACGCCCAGAAGGUCUGGAGAAGAUUCGUCAACUUGAGGGAGCAACGCCAUUCCAGCGACCUGAAGUGCAAGAGCCACAGACUAGGCAGCGCCCUGUAUUUACACAGCCACUGCAGAAUAUUGAUGCUAUUGCAGAAGGGCAGACUGCUCAUUUUGAAUGCCGUCUCAUCCCUGUAGGUGAUCCCACACUGAAAGUGGAAUGGUUCAGAAAUGAGAAACCUCUUGAAACAAGUUCUCGUAUCACAAGAACCCAUGACUUUGGUUUUGUUGCUUUGGAUAUGACUCAUGUCCGAGGGGAGGAUGAGGGUGUGUACAUAUGCCGAGCUUCUAAUGCACUUGGAGAGGCUGUAACUACAGCAUCAAUGAAAAUCAGAACCAAAGCAAGUAUUCAGCUAGAGACACAGCAUCCUGAAGGCAUGAAGAAGAUAAAGCAACUGGAAGAAGGACGUGCCCCUGCUCGUCCAGAUGAACCAGACCGUGCGUUUGAAAAGCCUAUCUUUACCCAGCUACUUACUGGCCCAUCUGAACUAUGGGAAGGACAGCAUGCUCACUUUGAGUGCCGUGUUGUUCCUGUUGGUGACCCAAGCCUGAGGUUUGAAUGGUUCGUCAAUGGCAUUGAACUGAAGAUGGGAUCUCGCUUUCAUGUUACACAUGAUUUUGGAUUUGUUACUUUGGAUAUCCAUUCUGUGGUUACUGAGGAUUCUGGAGUGUAUAUGUGCAAAGCUAUAAACAAUGCUGGAGAGGCAGUAUCCUCAACAUCCCUUAAAGUCAAAUCUCGUUCAUCAAUUGUGGGUGAGCCUCUACAGCCUGAUGCAUGGCAGAAGAUCCAGCUGAAAGAAGCAGAGAUGAACAAGGUACCAGAAAUGUUUGUGGACACAACACCACAGCAGGCACCAGUGUUUACCACUCAUCUGGUGAGCCAUGACAAACUGGUUGAAGGACAGCAUGUUAUGUUGGAGGCACAAGUGGAACCUCGUGCGGAUCCUAACCUUCGAACAGAGUGGUUUAAAAAUGGAGUCUCUCUCACAACUGGUACUCGACUCCGAAGUACAUUUGAUUUUGGUCUUGUUACCCUGGUUGUUAAUGGGCUGAGAGCAGAUGACUCUGCAAUUUAUACAUGCAAAGCAACAAACCUACUAGGAGAGGCAGUGUCCACAUGCACACUCAAGGUUGAAGAUCGUCACUGGUUGCUAGGUGGCUCACUGCGGCCAGAAGCUCUCCCUAUCAUUGAAGGUUUGGAAGCACCAAAAGGUGGACAGAUAGAAGUUCCAGAACCUGUAUAUGAAUCCCCAGUGUUCAUUACUCACCUAAAUAAUGUGGAAUGUAAGGAGGGUGAUGCAGUGCACUUUGAGUGUCAUGUGGAACCAUCUAAAGACCCUACACUCAAUAUUGAAUGGUUUGUGAAUGGCAAGCCACUUCCAUCUGGAGCCCGAUUCAAAUCAACUUAUGACUUCGGAUAUGUGUCUUUAGACAUCAAUCAUGCAUACGCUGAAGAUUCUGGAAUUUACAUGUGCAAGGCAACCAACAAUAAGGGCCAGGCACAGACUUCAGGCACAUUGAGAUGUAUCAGCAAAGCUGAUAUCUACCUUGACACUCAACACCCACAGGGUAAAGCAGGUUUUGAGAAGGUAAAAGAAGCUGAGGAUGCAUAUCUUUCAAAAUAUCAGCGUCGAAUGUCAGGACCAGAUGCUACUUAUCCCAAACCAGUUUUCACCACUCCUCUGGAACCAAAAUUCUCCCUUGGGGAGGCUGAACCUCUGCAUCUUGAAUGUACUGUUGAGCCUAAAGAAGAUCCCAACCUUAAGGUUGAGUGGUACUUCAAUGGAAAAGCUUUAGAACAUGGUUCUCGUUUCAAGAUGACCUGUGAUUUUGGUUAUGUUACACUUCACUUGACUGAUGUGUAUGAGCGUGAUCAAGGCAUCUACACUUGCAAGGCUUACAAUCUGGCUGGAGAGGCUUUCACUUCAACCACCAUCUAUUGCACAG